AUGGAGAUUAUGCAACAACAACCACAAGGGAUAAAUGGUGGCAGCAAGCGGAUUGUUGCACUUGAUGAAAGUCCAUCACCUUUCAGCCUAGAUAACAUAAGCCAUGCUCAUGAAAAGCAUGAGAAACCUGGAUGGAAAAAGUUUUUGGCAUAUGUUGGUCCAGGUUUUCUUGUUUCUAUGGCCUACCUUGAUCCUGGAAAUUUGGAAACUGAUUUGCAAGCUGGUGCGAACCAUGGCUAUGAGCUAUUAUGGAUUAUACUUAUUGGUUUGAUAUUUGCCCUUAUUAUACAAUCUCUGGCUGCAAAUCUUGGUGUCACCACAGAGAUGCAUUUAUCUGAGUUAUGCAAGGCUGAAUAUCCAAAAUGUGUGAAGUACUCAUUAUGGGCUCUAGCAGAGAUUGCUGUUAUAGCUGCUGACAUCCCAGAAGUGAUUGGAACAGCAUUCGCACUGCAAAUAUUGUUUCGUAUCCCACUUUGGGUCGGAGUUUUAUGUACUGGAAUGAGUACUCUUUUACUCCUCGGCCUGCAAAAGUAUGGUGUGAGGAAGCUAGAACUGUUGGUAUCCUUGCUGGUAUUUGUGAUGGCUGGAUGUUUCUUUGGGGAAAUGAGUUAUGUGAAGCCACCAGCCAAAGAAGUGCUUAAGGGUAUGUUUAUCCCAAAGCUUAGUGGUAAAAGCACCACUGGAGAUGCCGUUGCCUUAUUGGGUGCCCUAAUCAUGCCGCAUAACCUGUUCCUCCAUUCGGCUCUUGUGCUUUCUCGAAAGAUACCAGACUCUGUCCGUGGUAUCCAUGAUGCAUGUCGAUUUUUCCUUAUAGAAAGUGGAUUUGCACUGUUUGUGGCAUUUUUAAUAAAUGUUGCGAUUAUCUCUGUUUCUGGAGCAGUUUGCUCAGCAAGAAACCCUUCCCAAGAUACCAUUGAUUAUUGCAAUGAUCUUACUCUCAAUUCCGCGUCUCAUCUCUUAAAGAAUGUAUUGGGGAAAUCAAGUUCCACUGUUUAUGCCAUAGCUUUGCUUGCAUCUGGUCAGAGCUCAACAAUUACUGGCACUUAUGCUGGCCAAUACAUCAUGCAGGGUUUCUUGGACCUUAAGAUGAAGAAAUGGACGAGGAAUUUGAUGACAAGGUGCAUUGCGAUAACACCAAGUCUCAUUGUGUCUAUUAUUGGUGGAUCUUCAGGGGCUGGCCGACUGAUUAUAAUCGCUUCAAUGAUACUUUCUUUUGAGUUGCCAUUUGCUCUCAUCCCUCUUCUUAAAUUUAGUAGCAGCGCCACGAAGAUGGGACCACACAAGAACUCCAUAUAUAUAAUUGUGAUAUCUUGGAUAUUGGGGCUAGGAAUUAUUGGCAUCAACAUUUACUACCUCAGCACAAGCUUUGUUGAUUGGAUAAUCCACAACAAUUUGCCAAAAGUAGGCAAUGUGUUCAUUGGGAUUUUGGUUUUCCCCUUGAUGGCAGUCUACAUUCUUGCCGUAGCUUAUCUUAUGUUUCGGAAAGACUCGGUAGAUACUUUCAAAGAGUCACAAAAAUGCAAUCCGAUUGCUGAAAUUCAAAUGGUGGAAGAAGGAACAGCUCCAAAUAAUCCAGACCAUGUUGAUAAAGUUCCUUAUAGAGAGGAUUUGGCUGACAUCCCUUUUCCAGAAUGA